AAAAGGAAGAACCAAAAAUUUAGCACAUAAGAAAUCGUAGAGCCCUCUCUCUCGAAGACGAAGAAAAACCAAAAGAUGGAUUUGCAAGAAGCGAUGAAGAAGCAAAACGACGUUGCUCUGUUCCUUGCCGGGAAAGUAAUCUCUACCGUAGACAAAAACUCUAACUUCGUCUUCUCUCCUGCAUCUAUCAACUCCGUUCUCACUAUGGCCGCUGCUACAUCCGACAAUGAAACACUAAAAUCCUGCAUCCUCUCCUUUCUUAGGUCUUCUUCCACUGACGAGCUCAACGACAUCUUCCGCCAAAUAGCUUCCGUCGUCCUCGUCGACGGAAGCAAAAUAGGUGGCCCCAAAAUCACGGUGGCUAAUGGAGUGUGGAGAGAGCAAUCACUUCCGUGUAGCCCCGAGUCGAAAGAUCUCUUUGAGAAUUUCUACAAGGCUGCUUUCGCUCAAGUUGAUUUCCGAUCCAAGUCUGAAGAAGUGCGUGAGGAGGUGAAUUCUUGGGCAUUACGUCACACCAAUGGUCUCAUCAAAGAUCUUCUUCCUCUUGGAUCCGUUACAAGCGAAACCCUCUGGAUUUAUGGAAACGCAUUGUACUUCAAAGGAGCCUGGGAAGACAAAUUCGAUAAGUCAAUGACGAAACACAGACCUUUCUACCUUGUCAAUGGCAAACAGGUACAUGUGCCUUUCAUGACAAGCUAUGAAAGACAAUAUAUUAGGGCUUACAAUGGUUUCAAGGUCCUUAGACUACCAUACCGACAAGGGGAUAAUGAUACAAGUCGCCAAUUCUCAAUGUGUAUCUAUCUCCCGGACAAAAAAGAUGGAUUGGAUAACCUUGUGGAGAAAAUGACAUGUACUGAUGGAUUCUUGGACAGUCACAUUCCGAGUUGGAGAGUUAGCGUUGGUCAAUUCAGAAUUCCAAAGUUUAAGAUUGAAUUCGGUUUUGAAGCUUCAAGCGCUUUCAAUGACUUUGCGCUUGAUGUGUCAUUAUACCAAAAAGCUAUGAUUGAGAUCGAUGAAGAAGGUACUGAAGCUGCGGCUGCUACUGCUCUAGCUUGUGCUAGUGGCUGCAGCGCUUAUAUGCCUCCUCCUCCGAUAGAUUUUGUGGCAGAUCAUCCAUUUUUUUUCUUGAUUAGAGAAGACAAAACCGGAACUGUUUUGUUCGCUGGUCAAAUCUUCGAUCCAGCCUUUGGUAGCUCUGGAGGUGAUUUUAGUGAAUCAAGCCCUCCUGCGUUAGGGGCAUCUAACACUCCUGCCUUUGGGGCAUCAAGUACCCCAUCUUUUGAUUUUGGCUUUUCCCAAGCUUUUGGACAGUCUACCCCAACAUUUGGUAGCAGUUUCUUUGGUUCUACACAAUCUCCCUUUGGAUCCCAAGGUGAUCAUCAGGCUUGGACCAGAUUAUAUGGGUGGGGUAGUAGGGUCAUGCCUUAUGCACCUACAACUGAGGCAGAGUGGCCAUGGAGCUUUGGUAACCAGCCUGAUGAAGGGAGGCUACAAUCUAUAUAUGCCAUGCAUGCAUACCAAGCAAAAAACCAGGAGGAGCUUAGGUGGGAGGACUACCAGCGAGGAGAUAAAGGUGGACAACUUCCUGCUGGGGAUGCUGGAUUUGGUACAUAUUCUCAGCCAAGUAUAUUCUCAACAGCCACAAACUCUUUUUCCCCGUCGUUUGGUCAACACACUAGCCCAUCUAUGUUUGGGUCAGCUGCAUCAAAUACCACAUACGUUUUUGGAUCAUCCCCUAGUUUUGCAACAAACACAUGGCAGCCAUUUGAUUCAGCUCUUGCACAUGGUUUAACUCCAGCAUUUAGCAUUGGUGGUGAUAUUAACAACAGUCAGUCAUCUCCGUUGUUUGGUUCAAGCCCCCCAUUUGGAAACAAUACCACUCCUGCAUUCGGACAGAAUACUUCUGUGUUUGGACAGAAUAACACUCCUGCACUUGGACAGAGUAACAUUUUCAAUUCACCUUCCACUGGCUUCGCUAACCUGUCUUCAACCUCUGAAAGUGAAAGAGUAACUCAAAAGCCAGGACUCUGAAGUGAAAGAGUAACUCAAAAGGCAGUGUUGAAAAAUGCCAGUUCACUUCAUAGUUGAUGUCUCUUUCACUUUUGAGUUAUGUUGGGAUUUCUAAUAUUGGUUUAUAAGUCAUGUAUGUCUUCUUCUGCUUAGGACCGUCCUUGACUGGAUCAGA